AUGACCAGACCUACACCCAUUGACACGCAGUCUUCCAACGCGUUGAAGCGUGUUGGAACCAAGAUUGUCCAGUUCCUCUCGCCGAGGAGAUCGAGCUUCUCUCCUACAAGUCCGAAGAAGUCUCAGAAACCCUUGCCUCCAUUCGAGCCCCAGAAGUUACUGGCUUCGGCGGUUGUACUUCCUGAAUCAUCUGAUCAUGGACUGCAGCGAGUCUCCUCGCGAAGAUCACUGCAUCCAUCUGAUUCUCGACGGUCUCUUCGUUCAGCUGGGCCUUCCCAUGCGCGUACCUGCUCUCGGGACUCUCGACACCAUCGAGACAGAUCUAGAGACUCUCGGCCCUCUCACGGUCGAUCUAUGUCGAAAGCAUCAAUGCGCUCAUUCGACUCUAGAUUGACGCGUGACGAGCCUUACAGAGACCCAGAAGACCGCAACCUUUAUCUGAAGAAAGAUAUCGGAGUAGACACAGUUGAUGGCAUCAAACAUUUGUGGACAAACCUCUACCACGAUGGCAAUUAUAUUGGCCACUUUUACUGCCGUCAAGAACCACGUCUGUAUCCCGAUUGUUUCUUUCCGGGUAUGAUAAUCUGGGCGACACAUAGUGUGUUCCAGAACAAUUAUAAUGCUAUACCCGGAGAUCCCAUGAUUGGGAUUACCAAGCAGGCACCAUUGUAUGCAAAGAUGCGGCCCAUGGUAGUGCUGUAUCCUACGAACACCGGCCUUUGCUGCGCACCAAUGUUCAGUCUGAAUAACAGAAAAGACUGGGGUGGUGAGAAGCAAUAUGAGUGUAUCAGCAUUACUGAAGAGGGUGAUGACUGGGAAGGUGAAACAACAUACUAUGGUGUUCUCCAAUUUCGACCUCACCCCGGGCGACGAAGGGAGUUAAAACCAAGGACCUUCGUCAGCUUGCACCAAACGAUGUAUGUCAGUACACGAGAGUACAUCGAGACAGAUUUGGGAUACCUUCCAGGAGAUCAGUACAACCGCCUGAUGAUUGCUCUUGACUUCUAUCAGGAGACGCGCAAGCACAUUGCCUACAACUACUUCCAGGAACAAUACAAGAAUCGAGGUAUGAAGUUGCUCACUGGUGGUGAUGUAGGCAAGCAUGAGCAGAAGGAGGUGGAUACGCAGAAUAGCAGAAUGCGCGACUAUCAACCCGUGAGAGAUGACCACACAAUGGUCUGGUCCCUCCUUGGCAAGAAGAAGGAGCUGAUGGCCUCCAAGUCAAAAAGUGCAGACUGGGGACGACUGGAGCUAGAGGAGGGGGAGAUAUUAGAGUAG